AUGGAAGAGAGAAAACAAGAAGAAAAAGACGAUGAGAAGAUAAUCGAGCGCCAAAGAUUGAGCCACGUUUUCAACAAACUAGCUGAACAGAAUGGCCCGGUCGAAGAAGAGGAAGCAACCAUGAAUGCAUUUUUCACUACUUGGCAGCUCCGGCAACUCGUCGAAAAUUUUGGAGAAGACCCGUUGGAGCCUUCAGACGUCUCCGAACUCGUGAAAAUUCUAGACCCACUCGGUCAAGGGCGAGUACUUGUCAGUCAUGCUGUUGCUGUUUUAUGUGGAGAAGCUUGA